AUGAAAUCGUUUGAAUAUAAAGAGAUUGUCGACCUUCGUGACAAAAUACCAACAAGUGGAUCUCCUGUUUUAUAUGGAUAUCCAUCUAUCACAACGUGCGCAGUCGAAUGCUCCAAGACAGACAGUUGUCAAAUGUUUUUCCACAAAUCCGACUGGCAAGCCUGUAUUCUUUAUGAGUUUUUUGUUUGGAAUAGCAAUUUUGGUGUUGCAUCCAAUGGCUUUCGAGCAUUUAAGAUGAAAACUGUAGGCAAUCAGAAUUGCGACGAUGCAAACGACAUCUUCAAUAGAGCAGCAGGUAUGUGUUUCAGACAAUACAACACGAACGUGAUGAUUACCAGAAGCGACGCAAUUGCCAACUGCAGCGCUAGAGGAUCAGAUCUGAUUGUUUUGAAUACAAUGCAGAAGAAAACCUUCUUGGAAAAAUAUGUUCGGGAAACAAAUGCUGUGCCAGGGUUGGUCGGACUAUCGGAUGCAGUUGAAGGCCAGUUUAAAUGGAGAAAUGGAGAACCAUUGGACCUUUCUCACUGGGGUGUUGGUGGAUACGAUUUUAAUAAUAUCGACAUCUCCCGACCCGGAGUAUUCUGCCUAAAAGCUGAUUGCGGUUGGGUUGGGCUUUACUUGAACGUUUUCAUGGUUUGGGACAACUGUUGUUCUAAAACCUCCGACUGGUUCUGUGCUUAUAACCCUUGA